AUGACAAGAAGGUUGUCUUCAGGUAAUUUUCCCCAUGCACCACUGGAAUUGCCCCAAACUAAAACGGAUGCAUCCUCUAGUUCUCCAAUUAGUUCGAGAGGGGAAAGUAGCUUUUUUUCUUCAGUGAGAUCUCGCAAUAGGAACAACCGAACACCCCGUGAGUCACAAAGUUGCCAGGAAUUUGUGCAUGUAGUAGUUCGAUUGAAACCUCCCGCGUUUCACACUGACAACAGCACCGUUUUGCGAUUCUCUGUUGACUCUGGCACUUUAGGCACGCCUCGCACCGGCUCUCGUCGGAUCAGGAGUAUUCCGGAGAAUGUAGCUUGCCCUGCGAAUAACGUUGAGGAUGAAUCAGUUAGCCGUGGCAGGGCUCAACAAAACGAAGUUUUUUGCUCAUCAGGCAGUAAAUGUCUCAGUAGCCCCGCCAUAUCCGCGUUACCAGCAACGAUACCGUCAAACCAAAAUGGGUUGCCCCAAGCAUUGGCUUCCCCGCGGUUAGGUGUGGCUGGUGGGGGGAAAAUAUUGACUAUUGCUUUCCCCGCGUCGGAUGGCGCGAAGGAAGCGAAGCACAUGUAUGAGUUUGGGGAUGUCAUUGACCCCUCUGUAACAGAUGAGCAAAUGUGCAACUCGAUGGUUCCAGGCAUAAUAGAUCAGCUGAAGACCGGGUUUAACGCUUGUGUGCUGUGCUAUGGCCAAACGGGUAGCGGGAAAACGCAUACAAUAAACGUUCUCAUUCCCGCCUUUAUUACCGCCUUGUUUGAUGCUCUAGAUGCGGAGAACGACAUUGUAGAGGUGUCGUACAUACAAGUAUACAAUAACAAUGUUUAUAAUCUGCUUGGUGAAAAUAAGUCUGAGCACGGGGUAAUCUUGCACAAACCAAGGGGUACGUUGGUAACUGAACCGCGAUAUCUUUUGCGUGAUGCCGCAGAUGCAAAAUCAAAAAU